GUUUGACAAUUGACAUUUUCUUCAGCUAACAAGAAGGAAACUACAAAGAUGCCCUCCUUUUUGUUGACCAACUUCAACAAUAAAUCAUGACGUCCAGUCUUUUGUGUCUUGAUCUUUCCUUUGUGGAAGGGGUGAAGUAUGGAGUGUGAACUCUGACUUAAUCAUUGUCAGCGCAGUUUAGCUCACAAUUCAAAUGUAUGGGUGAUCAUCCAUCUGAAAAGAUGCUGAGAUACAGAAUGUAAUGUAGAAGCUGUCAGCACAACCAGUUUUUUUUUAUCGUGUUUAUAUUUGGAUACUCCCAGUAUCGAGGCCGUGAGAUUCCCACCAUGAUGAUGUAAGAGGAAGAGGUAUAUCUCGAAAACUGAAAUCCUUGUGACAAGGUUUUCCUCUGAGUGACUGUGAGUGGGGAAGUGCCAGUAAACAGGGUCGAAGAAUCCACCCAGAAUGACAUCAAAGAAAUCCCAGAUCUCUGUGGAGCAGGAGGCGUUGCUGUGGGAUGAGAAGAUUCUUACACUGGAGACUUCCCAGGGUCUGAUCCGGGCCGUCAUCUUCUACAUUAUCAAAUGCUUUGGCAUUUUUCAAGGGAAGGAGCUGCGGCAGCUGAAGACUGAUUGCGUCAACUUUGGUGCGGACGACACAGGGAAGUAUGUUUCUCUAGAUCUUCGGAAUGUAGUCAGCGCAGGCCGGUUGAUCAAACGCUAUGACGACCCAGGGAAUCCGAGAAGUGUGUACAAAAUCUUCAAGAAGUACUGUGGGUACUUGGCAAACGAAGGGCCACUGUUAGUCCGGCCCAUUACGUCCAUCAAGGAUUACAUCUGCUAUAGCCCGUGGCCUCUGGGUAUCGCUGUCAUCGACCAAAUGGUUCAGACCAUGAUGGAGGAAGUAGGUCAGAACCAGAACUUCGGCAACGUCUCGGUGAGUCUCCUGGCGGUGAACACGCUGAAGAACUUUGGAGCUGGCAGCCAUUGCAUCGGCACGUGGGUCCUUAGGUUGUUUGCCAUGUACAUCAAGCUGUUCCAAGAUGAGUACCGCACUUGUACGGCCAUCAACUGUGAGGAACAAAGCAGCGACGCCUGCCUCAUGAUCAGCAGAGUGCUGGACCCGCCCUACCCAUCGGAUGCUUCGGAGCUCUUGAAAAAGAUGGAGAAGAAAGAACGCGACGUGCAGAAGAACUCCUCGGAGAGGCAGGAAACAUUUAAUUCCUGGAUGACCAACAUCAUGUCCGAGAACGAGGAGAACACGGACAAAGUAUACGUGAAGGAGGAAAUCAUUUCUGUGGAAGACGAACCCCAGGCUCAAGUGAGUGCGAAGGUGAGUGGAUCCCUGGCAAAGGGUCAGCUGAAGAAUGGAAAGCAGAAGAUUCCCACUCCAAAGAUGAGUAAAGUAAAAUCUCUCCUGUCUGGCGGGUCACUUCCUGAGAGUGGGAAAAAACUUUCUUCCUGGGGUAAAAAUUGUGAAAAGAACAAAGCACAUUCUAAGGCUGAUGAUGCAGCAAAGGUUAAUGAUGUAAACGUCGCUAAUAUCAAAACAGAGCCACCAGAUGAGAGUUCCUCUGAGCUGAAGAUCAUGACGGUGCUGUCAAUUACUGAUAGCGCUUUCUCUGUGCAAGUUGACGAAGGGGAAACGAUGAAAAAACGACAGGAUUCUGGUUCGAGAAUGGAAGACAGUGAAAAGAAUGGGGUGUCACAUGGAGCUAGUGUAAGUAAUGGUAGAAAAAGAAAAAGACUGGAUAGCAAUGAACAAGAUUGUGAUGUGGAGGCGCCCGAAAAGAAAUGGUCAGCUUCUAGUGAUGAAGAUCCUGACCCCAUGGAGUGGGAAGGUAAGGAGGGAGUGGGAGAAUCUGUGACCAAAGAGAACAAAUCAGAAGAGAAUGGCUCAGACAGUGACGACGGCUCAAACUGUCUGGUCAUUGCUCAUGUGGACUCUCCGGCCGCUCAGACUGACUCUGACAUUAAAAAGGUUGAUCUGUGUGAACCUGAAGGCAGCAAUACUUUUGAUGGAGGAACUCCUGAUCAAACGAGAAGCGCGGGCAGUACUGUGAGCGACACAGACAAAGGAAAUGAUAGUCCCCGUGUCGUGUCAUCAGCAACUUCAGAAAGCUCAAACGUCGAGUCGAAACCAAAAAGCAAGAGCAAUCAGCUUCCCCCGCCAGACACGAAGAAGGACAGCAUCCACAUCCUGAGGAAUCUGCUCCUUCAACAGCGAGUUGAGAACAACAGCUCUGAGACGUCGGCUGCUGGUUGUCAUGACGAUCGUGCACUGGACAAUGACGGAGAGGCUCACAAUGUCGAUGAUGCUGAAGGUGGAGACUCGGAUUUCUCCUGUUCCAGCCCUCCGGUACUCAGCCCCCAGGCAGCUUUGCCGAGUGACGCAGAGAGCAAGCAGGAAGGUCAAAACACACCUGUCACAAAACAGCAGGCAAGUGAGUCACCAUCCAAGGCUCUCGACAUUGUCAAGUUUCUCGACACUGCUCAGUUACAAAUGCAGAACUUACUGCAGUCGUCUUUGACAGACAAAGUGGACCUGUUCAAAAGUAAGGAAGGGGGGGAUGAGAGCGUUUCUGCCUCGAGAACUUUGUCACCGGCUGCCAAAUCCGCGGAGCAGCCACAAAAGAGUGAACUGUUCUCAGCAAGGAGAAGCAUCGCCAAGUCGCGAAAAGACUCCUCUCAGGAGUGUCAGUUUGCUCAAAGCAGUGUGUCAGAGUCAUCCAGUUCUUUGUCCCAAAAAUCUUGUUCAACGCCCUCUGACUCUGAUGUCCAUUGUCCUCUCUUGAGGUCAGUCCUUCAGGGUCAGACGUCGCCUUUAGACCUACCUGGCCGUGUGGGAUCGACUGAUGAGUCAUCAACCGCGUCUGACGGUUCCACCAAAAGCUCAAGGUCGCCUGGCAGUAAGCUCCCUUUACAGCUCCAGACGCAGCAGGCUCUGACGCGGGCUGAGAAAAGGGACCAAAGUCUGCUGGUGGCUCACGCAGAACGCCGGUCCCAGCUGAGAGCUUAUCUAUCUAGUACCCAGGAGGGUGUUGGUAGUAAGGUGUUGUCUCCCAGCAAAAUGCCGGGCUCCCUCAAAAACCUCAAACAUCACUCUAGUCAGUCCUCGAAAGUACGGGGCUCAGAGACUUCUUUAUUGUCACAGACACAAUCUUCAUCGUCAUCGUCGUCGUCAAAUCCAUCCCUUAUGUCAUCGUUGUUCCAGUCGGUUUCCUCUGGUGCGAAGAAGAAAAACACCGGUGUUUAUCAGUACCUUAGCAACCACACGGAGAAGGCAGUGUAUCAGACUCUACAGGUGAACUCAAAGGAUGAUUCGCACACUUUCUCCAUGGCCGAUUUACCCUGGAGCUGCUCUCCGGGGAGACAGUCAAGGGCAGCUAACUCCAUACAUUCAUCCACAACAUCAGAGAUCAACGUGGGCGAUUAUUUCCCUUCAGGCACUGUGAUACCAGCGUCUAGCUUACGUCUGCUCACACGGCAGGGUCCCCGUGGGAUGGAGAUGGUGUUGAAGUUUGAUUACAGUUGUCACGGCAACAGUGGCAGUGCAGACUGUGACAUGAGCAGCCAGGCAGAAGAAGAGGGAGGCGAUGAUGUUUCUAUAGGUGGACAAACCACGCGUAGAGAGCACUCGUAGCAGACAAUGUCCAAGGACAGUACGAUGAUCUGAGAACUUUCUGCUCCUGCUACCUUCAGGGAUGAGGAUUUUUGGCUCCCCCCCCCCCCCCCCCAGUAAUUUCUAUGAUUUUUACAAGAACAGAUGUUGUUCUGAGCGUUUCAUCAGCAAGUUGUUCGAAUGUCCUGAGCCCAGAAACUGUUCCAUUCUUGUAACAAUUAUACCUAUUACUAUUAUUUUAUGUAUCUUUCCUCGCUUUGUUGAACAUUAUGAAUUUGAAUUUUUUGACGAAGUAAAAUAUUUCUUGAGCUCAUGCUACCGGUACAGCAGAUUAAAAAACUGCUGAAAAAUGUUUUUAAGUUUUGGGCUUAGUGCAUACUAUAUAUUUUGAAUGGCUGGUAGACAGUUUUGGGAUUUUUUUUGUUCAACCCCGCACUAGCUGUUUCUAUUAACUGUUAUUUUUGUUUGCAAAUGCAACUUAUAAAUGUUCAGGUAUUUUCACAAAAUCUCGGUGGUAUCCCAAUUUCUUCUUGCACUAUCUCCAUUUUUCUGGUUAGGAUGAAAAUUACUUUGAAAGCACUGAUUCCCAGUUGCAAAAUGGGAGUUUGUACAAAAUGAAACUAAAACCCUAUGGUACCUGAGUGUUAACUGUAAAAGCUUUUAAGGCUCAAAGGGAACAUUUUUCCACAGCUUUGACAGCUGUAACAAAAUCUCCCAAGACUGGGAAGGGAAAUUUAUAUCAUCUUCAGAAGUGACUUACUUUUGUUGUAAGUAUCAUGUUACCUUUUUCUAUUGAAGAUAUGAUCACUUUUUGUAAGUUAUUCAAGGGAUGUUUACUAUGAUUUUGUCAUUCUAUGAUAGUAAGUGAAUCUCAGCUCUGGGAAAUCUUUGCGUACUGAGGGUUUUUGGUUUUUUUCAAUUCAUUUUUGUAGGGACUGCUAUUUAGAGUAUGAUUUGCUGAACUGAAAUCUGAAUUUUCCAGUACCUUCUGCAGAGAGACCGUGUGUAUGCUUGAGCUCACAAACUGUGUCAUAAAUCUAUUUGGAUCUGCUUUUUCAGUUAAUGUUUUGUCAUCUGUUUUUCAGUGUUUAGGGUUCUUGCUCUGUGAUCGUAUUUGUUGAGACAUUUUGAAAAAUUAGAGGGUUUUUAUUUUAAGAACAUAAGUGAGGCGUCGUGGUGAAAUCAG